AUGGAAUUCUGGUCUGUAAGCAUGGAACUGGCUACCUUAACAGGAAAUAUACAAAAUAUUAAGAAGAAUAAAGACCUUCAAGUCUCUCAUCUCUUAUUUGCUGAUGAUAUGUUGGUCUUCUGCAGAGCAAAUAAAAGAUCUUUUCAAGGAAUUAACUAUCUAUUGGAAUCUCUGGCAAAUAACACUGGUCUGAAUAUAAACAGAAAGAAAAGUAAGGUUUUUUUCAGUAGAGGUUGCAGUAACAAAACUAAAUUAUGUUCUAUAGUGGAGAUGUCAAGAGGCUCCCUUCCAGUUAAAUAUUUGGGACUGCCAUUAUCCAUAAAUUAUCCCAAAGCAAAGAAUUUUUUUCCUCUGAUUGAUAAAAUCAGAUAUACAAUUGAGGGUUGGAUAACUCACUCGUUAUCUUUUGCAGGGAGACUUGAGCUUAUUAAAUCUGUUUUAUUCAGCACUACUGCUUACUGGUACUCAGUUUAUAAGUUCCCUCAAUCUACUAUUCAAAGUCUAGAAGCUAUAUUUGCAAAUUUUCUAUGGAAAGGGAAAUUUCAUGCAAUAAAUUGGAAGGAGGUAUGUAGACCAAAAUUUGAAGGUGGUUUUGGUCUAAGGAAGCUUGAGGAUCUCUGUCGUGCAGUUGCUUUAAAAAUGAUAUGGAGAAUGCUUAAUAACUCUACUCUAUGGACUAAAUGGAUGACUGCCAGAUACAUCAAAGGUCAGAGCUUAUGGGAUGCUCCAGUAAAUAUUCUAGAUUCUGGAACUUGGAAGCACUUAACAAGCCUUAAAUCUACAGCUCUGAGUUGUAUAAGAAAAGCUAUUGGUAAUGGUGAGACUACUACACUAUGGUUUGACCCUUGGAUCCAAGAAGGGAGAAUUAUUGAUAUUCUUCAUAAUUUUGAUCCACAUCUCUCAGGCACAGAAAACUGGUCUGUUUCCCACAUCAUUCACAAUUCUCAAUGGCAGUUUUCUCUAUCAGGUCUUAUCCCUCUGAAGCAAUCCAUAUUGAAUAUCCAAAUCUCUGGACAUGAGGAUUAUUGGUUUUGGCUACAUAAUCCUAAAGGUAAAUUUUCUUUUGCUUCUGCCUGGAAUCAUGUUAGGACUGUAUACCCAAAAUUUGACCUGUUUAAUGUGGUAUGGUUUCCAUGCUUUGCUCCUAAGAUGGCAUGCUGCUUGCUUAAAAGCUUACUUAACAGACUUGCUACUAGAGACAGACUUUUCAGAUUUGGGAUCAUCUUGACUGAAGAUUGUGUUCUCUGUUCUGGUAGGAAGGAAUCCAUAGAUCAUCUAUUUUUCCAAUGCCCUUUUUCUGCCUAUAUAUGGAAACUCUGUAAACUGAAGCUACAUACCGAUGAUAUGACAAUUCAUGACCUGAAAACUGAAGCAAUAGAAACACAAAACAAAUUCAAGGUGAAAGAUAAAACUUAUAUAUUGGCUAGAUUGGUUUUGAGUACAGCAGUUUGGCAUAUUUGGCAAGAAAGAAAUCGCAGAAUUUUUCAUGAGCAACGGAUGCAUAAGGUUAUGGUUUUUAGAAGACUAUAUGAAGACAUCAAUGUUUUAAUCAGAACCUGCCACUGGAAGUCUGGAAACAGUGUUUUUAGAAGACUAUAUGAAGACAUCAAUGUUUUAAUCAGAACCUGCCACUGGAAGUCUGGAAACAUUGAAUUCCCCGCGGAUAGCCUUCCUCCUCAUGCUACUAGUGGUUGCAGUAGAGAAAGUUUUGCUUCUGUUGUUGAUAGGCAGGUCAUUGGUCCGACUCCUCAGUUUGAUAAGAGUCGUUCCGAGGAGUUCUAUCGCUUGAUACGAGAUGGGGGCCGUCGUUUACUGCACCAGUUGAUUACCGAUGCCACCUUCACUGAAGACUCUAUUUCCACUCAGGCUUUAGAGAAGCCUGGUUAUUUAUUUGGAGACCAUGUCGAGGAUCCAGCUAAGCUGAUUCUUGAUGAUGAGCACUGGUUGAAUAAUGAUGAAGGACUCCUUCUAUACAUCCCUUCUAUUCCCCGUCAGCACUCUCUCACUCAUUUGGAGAUGUAG